AUGGAAAAGUUCAGACCACAAGGUGGAAGGGACCGCAUUCUUAGGAAGUUUCUCUCGAUAUCUCAGACGGAUGAAAAGAUAGCUAUUGCUUGUUUAGGUGCCAACAAUUGGAAACUCGAACCUUCUCUUGAAUUCUUCUAUAACAGAUAUUCGAAAAUCCUCAAUGAUAAUAAGAUUGAAGAGCUUUAUCGUCGUUAUUGUGACAGUGAACAUCCUGAUCGUAUACUUGUUACUGGAAUGGAACGUUUUAUUGUCAAUGAUCUUAAACUCAAUCCUGCAAGUCGUUUGGUCCUUAUUUUGGCCUGGAAAUUUGGCGCCCGUACUCAAGGAGAAUUUACGAAAGAUGAAUUCUUCCAUGGUCUACGUACGCUAGAAUGUGAUUCUAUUGAAUCUCUUCAAAAGCGUCUGCUCACCCUAGAAUCAGAAAUCGAGAAACCUGAUGCAUUUAAAAGCCUCUAUACUUUCACUUUUGGUUUUGCCAAUGUAGAUAGAUUCAACGCAAAAUCUCUUCGAACGGAUGAUGCUAUCGCCUAUAUGGAUUUACUCCUCCGUGGACGAUUCGUUCAUCUAGACCUCUGGUUCAAAUUUCUUCGGGCAAGUCUUUUCAUCAGUAAUGACCUUUUAUUAAUUUCCUUUACUUUUGCCAAAACUAUUGCACCCGACUUCUCUGACUACGAUAUCGAAGGUGCUUGGCCAGUUCUGAUCGAUGAGUUUGUAGAGUGGGCUCGUCCUCAAAUCACUCCAGGCGCCGAGUAG